AUGUCAUUCUCUAGAGUUGUAAGAACAGCAAACAAUUCAAAACAAUUAGGUAUUAGAUCAUUCCAAACCUCAAAACCAAAUCUUUCAAGAUGGGAUUCUAAACCAGAUCAACCACCAACUGUUAAAAAAGUUAUUGAUGAUGCAGCAAAUUCAUUCUUUUUAACUGAAAUUAUGUGGGGUAUGUAUAUCACUGCAGGUUAUUUCUUCAGAAAGAAAUGUACAAUCAAUUAUCCAUUUGAAAAGACCCCAAUUUCACCACGUUUCCGUGGUGAACAUGCUCUUAGAAGAUAUCCAACUGGUGAAGAAAGAUGUAUUGCCUGUAAGCUUUGUGAAGCUAUUUGCCCAGCCCAAGCUAUUACAAUUGAAGCCGAACCAAGAGAAGAUGGUUCAAGAAGAACCACUCGUUACGAUAUCGAUAUGACAAAAUGUAUUUAUUGUGGUUUCUGCCAAGAAGCUUGUCCAGUAGAUGCUAUUGUUGAAGGUCCAAACUUUGAAUUUACUACUGAAACUAGAAUCGAAUUAUUGUAUAAUAAAGAAAAACUUCUUGCUAAUGGUGAUAGAUGGGAAACUGAAAUUGCUUCAAAUAUUGCCUCAGAAUAUCUCUAUCGUUAA